AACAGAACAAAAACAGCUUUGCUGCUUCAAAUCGGAACUUGCUUUCAGCGCGAGUGGUUGUAUAAUAUCGCAAUGGUGUUGAUUUAUUUUAAAUUAGUUUAAAAAGUGUUAUUUUCACAUCGAUAUGACGUCGCUCCUUCCUCGCCUGUGUCGAAUCCCGUGCAAUCCGUGCGUGGUACCUUCCUCCUCAUCUCGUCACUAUUCACACCUCCUAAGUCCGGUCGCGCGCCCUCUCCGGCCGGCCCCCAUCGGUCCAAUCCACGCAAACAGCCUGUUCUGGGAACGUGACCGCAAGGGUGGCUACAACAGCACACAACCCCCACCUUCCCGGUGGCAACUGCUGCGGGACGGUCUGCGGGAGCUUCGCCAGGAGUUUGCCCUGUUCGAGCAGGAAUGGCGCGAAAAGCUGGCCAGCGACGCGUUGGUCGUGUUCCGGCCGGGCGAAACGGACGUGGUGUUCAACUUUGAGCGGCAGGAGCAGCUGGACCGGUGGGUCGUGACGUCGGACCGGGAUCACAACCAGGGCUAUUCGGACGCCCGGUUUGAGUUGGGGCCGGCCGGGUUCGGGGUGUUUCACGGGAUGUUGGAGUCGAGGGUGCCCAAGGAUGGGCGGAUUAAGCGGUCCGGGUACGCGAAUAUUACCAGUCAGAGGAUUAGGAAAUCCUUCAAACGCGACUCGUUCUACGAGUGGGAGCAGUACAACACGCUGGUGAUGAAGGUCCGCGGCGACGGCCGCUCCUACCUGAUCAACCUCGCCUCCGAGGGCUACUACGACAUCCUGUGGAACGACAUCUACCACUACGUGCUGUACACGCGCGGCGGCCCGCACUGGCAGGUGGUCAAGAUUCCCUUUUCGAAGUUUUUCCUCGCGUCGAAGGGUCGCGUCCAGGACAGCCAGGCGCCGGUGCCGCUGAACCGGAUCAGCAGCUUGGGCUUUUCGGUGGGCGCCCGCGGCGGUCACGACGGCCAGUUCCGGCUGGAGUUUGACUACAUCGGCGUGGAGUACGAUCCGUCGCACACGGAGGAGUUUGCGUACGAGAUGUACCAGCAGCAAAAGUACAUCGUGGCGACGUAGUUUUAGAAGGGUGCUGUGUAAAUAAAGGGGCUUGAGCACAUGGAA